UUUCCUCGUGGGUGGUUGAAAGAUGUUACUGACGAGCACGAUCAGUCCACCGUUGAAGUUCGGUCUUCAAAUCCUCGGCGUGUGGCCGGACACGCCAUACAAUACUUUUCACCGGUUGAUUUAUAUGUCAGCUAUGUUGGCCGUCUAUUAUUUUCAGCAAUCGUACCUAUUUACGAACUGGAAAUUCAGCGAACUGCAGAAUCUCGUAGGCCCGUUAACAAUGCUAAUAUAUUACUUGAUGACCAUCCUUAAGGUGACGACACUUUGGAUGAAUCGUCGCAUAAUUCACGAACUACUGUCUGCUAUCGAUACUGAUUGGCGCGAGGGCGUUAAGAUCGAUCAGCAUUUGCAGUUGAUGAGGGCGAAAGCUAGCAACUCGCAGUUUUGUACAAUUGCUUUGUUGGGUUUCGACUUGAGCGCCUCCAUAAUCUAUUUGGGAGGUGAAAAUGCGGCAGCUAUCAUGCAACCGGUUGAUAACUAUACUUCACGACCAUUUCCUCUGAAAGUGCUAUUUCCUUUUGAGGCUCAGCAGUCGCCGUUAUAUGAGUUGCUCGUCGUCUUCUUAUUUAUGCAUGGGAUGUUAACGGUGUUUACGGUGGAUAUUAUAAACGGAUUAAUCUCUGCUCUGAUAUGUCAUAUAAGCGGACAAAUCGAUAUCAUACAACAUGAGUUGAAAACUACGUCUGUGAAAGUAUCCUACAACAGAUCUACUGAGUUUGCAAUAAAAAUGCUGAUCAUAAAGCACAAUAAAGUCAUCGAAUUUGCCAAUAAUAUCGAUAAGCUAUAUUCCUUCAUAACCUUUUUGCAAGUUUUUCCUAAUGCAUCAGUUAUGUGUUUGAUGGCAGUCAUAUCUAUUUAUGGUGACGAUGACGUCGGCCUGGCGCAAGGCGGAACAGGUUACGCCACUCUAACGGCGGAAAUAUUUAUGUAUUGUUUUAUUGGAGAAUAUCUUGGUAUUAAGUGUAAAUUACUUGCCGAAGCAGGAUACGAUUCUUCGUUUUACAAUAUGUCGUCCAGUCAUAGUAAGAAUAUAUUAUUCAUAAUCAUGAGACUUCAGAAGCAAUUGAAUGUUACAACCGGAAGCAUGGUAGAUUUAUUGUUGGAAACCUUUACGAGUAUCAUGAAAGUAUCGGCAUUGUAUAUGUCUGUUUUGAAGACGAUGUAUUGA